GACUAGCGAACAACGCGUCGCUCCGCAUCGCUUUUUUUUCUUGUGCGCUUUCUUGUUCUGCCCGCUGCAAAACAAAACGAAAUCGAAACCGAAACCAAAAACAACGGGACCGUUGAGUGACGCUCGGCUCAGGAUCGUUCCAGGAGCGAGUGAAACGGAACGCUUGUUCCGAUGUGCGAAAACUGGGUGAUGAGUGUGACGGCGGUGGCGUCGACGGUAACGGCAAUGGCGACGGCGACGUAGAGUCGAUUGCGAACGGACGCAGACCGAAACAAAAGUGAAAACGUGCAAAAAUACAAAUACAACUGCGGCAAAAUGUGCGACGCUGUGGCAACGGCGUCGGAGACGGCGACCACAGCGCUGCUGGGAGGAGCUAGUGGAGUGACGGCGUCUGGGGCUGGAGCAGCCAUAAUCACAUCCACAUCCCAGCCAGAAGCCUCAGCUUCGGCAACCGUUACACCAACCACGACAAUGACGACGACGCCGCUGGUGGCGAAGAGUGAGCGGGCGGCGCGACAAAACUGCUGUCGCUUGUGCAUCGCUCCGGCCAGCGAGUGCAUCUCGAUCAUCAACAGCUAUGCGGCGGACAAGGAGCCGCUGUCCACCAAGAUCCACAACUGCGUCAGCAUCAAGAUCACAUCACAGGAUCGACUGUCGCUGCACAUAUGCCACGCCUGCAUCAGCUACCUGAACUCGUGGCAGAGCUUCAAAAACCGCUGCCUCAGCUCACAGACAAAGCAGCGCCAGUGGCUGGACACCAGCAACAAAAGCAAGCUCUUCAACUAUCUGGACCUGAACAGUGCCGAAAACGGUGGAGGCACCUCCGAUCACCAACAGCAGCAUUCGCAGCCGCAUCAAUCGCAAUCGGAGAAUGAGCUGGACGCGGAGAAGGCGACGGCAGCGGCCACAACGGCCGCCAACAUAUUGGAUGGCAUACCAUCGCUGAAGAAACGCAAAUCCCUAACAGUCUAUCCGCUGCCAGCGUUGCCCAUCAAAGAUGAGCCCAUUGACACGGACGAUGACUACCAGAUGAAGAUGAUAGACGAGUCCGACGACAUGGUCGAUCCCACAAUGUUCCUAGAGCGUUCCGAGCACGAGGGCGAUAUGCCGUUAAUGGCCUCAGACUACGACUACACGGCCCAGCAUGGCGUUAAUGCUCAUUCUCUGGCCGCCGGACUGCCACCGAAUGCGGUUGCCAAUGUGGCCGCCGCCGGGGAUUCCAAAGUAGCCAGCUGCCGGGCCUGCAGCCUUCAGUUCUCCACCCGAGCCAAUGCCCGUCGGCAUGAGCGCAAUCUACACCCGAACCUCUUCCAGCUGUCUACGGACUCGCUUCACAACACAUCAGUUACGAAGCCAACACCAGCUCUGGCCGCCGCAUUGGAAAUCCAGCGGGCGGCAGCAGCAGCGGCCACUGCAGAGGCGAACCGUGCUGUGGGCGCUGCUGGUGGAAAUAUCACUCCACAGAAAUACCGUCAGGUGGUGAUGAAUGCGUUUAUCAAAUGCGAAGGCGGUGGCUACGACUAUGACAAUCCGGAACAGUAUCGUCCACUGCUCACCCACGACAAGGUGGAGUUCAUCGAACAGAAUGAGGAGUUCCUCGAGCAGUACCAGACUAUGACCUGCCGCUGCUGCAGCAAGUACUUCAGCACGUACAAGAACUUCAUGGCGCACGUGCGCAAGAAGUAUCCGCUGCUGCCGCGCAAUCUAUGCUUUAACUGCCUGAAGAUGAACGACUCUAAGGCGUUGUUCAUCUCGCAUCUCAAGAAACGCAACUGCAUAAAUCUCUACAGAGUUUUGAAUACGCUGCGUGGCAAAACACCAGUGCUUCCCAUUACCGCCACGGAUGUGGAUGUGGAUGCAGCGACAGCGUCGGCUGAAGAUGGAGCCACAGCUGUAGCUGUAGCGGUGGCAGAUGCCGGUGCUGGCGUUGUCACAAUGGCCAGUCCCACGGUGACCAUUACUGGAGAGACCUCCGGCACUACCGGCGGUGGUGAACGGCCAGAGAAGUUGCGAGCCAAGGAACUGCUAGUGAACAAGCUAUACGAAUGCAAGCUGUGCCCCAAGGGUUUCCGCACCAAGCACGAGUUCCGCACCCAUGUCUACGACAAGCAUGCGGAUGUGCAGCGCAAGGAUAACAACUCGAUACAGUGCAGCUUCUGCGGCCUGGACUUUGCCGAUCCGGUGGACAGGCGUCGCCACUACAAUAAUAUGGACUGUAUUGUGCGUCUGCGCUGCAUGACCUGCGAUGCCAAGCUGGAGACGCAUCAGCGCUUCCUCGAUCAUGUGUACCAGGAUCAUCUGGGUGGCGUGAGCGGUGGCGGCGGCGGUGCCAGCAGUGAUAAUGCCUCAACGACAGGCAGUGGCCUGGCCAGAAGCAACAGUAUGGAACACUCACCGGGCAAGAGGAGUCUGCUUGGUGCCCUAGGCAUAGGCAUUGGCUCAUCGGCUGAAGAGUCGCGCAGCAGCAGUGUGGCACCCACACUGACGUCCACACCCAAGCCAGCGGGAGGCACGGCCACAACGGCCUCCUCUGCCUCUGCGCCCAGUUCGACCAAUCGUGGUGAUGCGGCCGCACCCAAAUCCCAGUACUUUUCGCGAAUGCCGCAGGUGUGUCCCAUUUGCGGACAGCAGUACAAUAACUACAACAACGUGCUGCGCCACAUGGAAUCGAAACAUCCAAACAAACUCCCCGAAACAUACAAAUGCGUACGCUGCGGCCUGGGCUAUCCACGGAUCUCCUAUCUGCGGGAGCACAUGAUCAAUGUUCAUGGCGUGGACAAGAAUCGGCACUCGGGCGGCUUCGAGUACAUUGUGAAUGCUGAUGCCGUGAAGUUGGCGGAUGGCAGCACGCCGAAUGUGUACACGGGUCGCUACGACUACGUGAUGAAGGACUUGAUGUCGAUAACAAAUGGUGGGACCCUCGACGAAGACGAUGAGGAGGCAGCUGGCAGCGUGGCCAAGAAAAUCCGGCUCGACGACAGCAGCAACAACAGCAGCUUGGCGGGCGUCGCCAGUCAGCAGCAGAAGGAAUGUCCCAUCUGUAAUGCAGUGUUCAGCAACAACAUUGGGCUUUCCAAUCACAUGCGCUCCCAUUAUACAGCUGCCAGUGUGGUGACCGCAGCUCUGGCGGCCGCCAAUCGCAUGACACCUAAAUCACUGACCAUAACAGCAACUCCAGCGGCAACAGACGCGACUCCAGAGGCGGAGACGUAUACCGCGUCGGCCCCCAGCAGUAAUGUUGUGCCACCGGCGAUGGCCAAUCAAACGCCUCAGGAGCAGGCCGUAUUUCGUCGGAGUUUGGAUCAGGCGGCCGACCGUCGCUUCCGGCGAAUGCGUUGCCGGAUUUGCCAGCGGCGUUUCAGCUCGAAGAAGUCCUAUCGCUAUCACAUGCUGACAGACCAUCAGGUGCAGAAUGUGCAGUUUAUCAAGUGCAAGCUGUGCAACGCGGAGUUCGCCUACGAGAAAGGUCUGAAGGUUCAUCUGUUUAAGGUGCACGGUCGGGCCAUCAAGGACGAGAUGAUUAUCAAGCAGUUCGAGUGCGAGGUCUGCUCGAUUGUAUACAGCUCGGAGUUGGAGCUGCAACAGCACAAGCGUAGUGUCCACAAGCUGUCCUCGGCAUCGGCCUCUGCUUCUGCCUCAGCAUCUGCAUCGGCGUCCGCCUCCACUUCAUCGAAGAUGGAAGACGACGGUUUGAUAGACGAAGAAGGCAAGCCAACAGCCGGUGGUGAUCAUGCCGAUCUGUCCACUCUUUCUGCCAACGCAUCGGGACUGGGAGUGGGUACGCCGCUGUAUUGGUACCAAUGCAAGUACUGCCCUUCGAACUUCAACACCAACAAGAAGCUGGCCAUUCACAUUAACUCGCACGACGAGUUUGACUCAAAUGAUUACUCCUGCAAGGAUUGUGGCAACGUGUAUAGUGGACGCAAGAGUCUAUGGGUGCACCGCUACAAGAAGCAUCCUCAGGUGCCAGAUCCGGCCGAAUGCUCGCUGUGUCGCAAGAUCUUCUUCGAUCGUCAGAUGCUGGACAACCAUACGCCCACCUGCAACCGCAAGCCAAUCACCUCGACGGGCGCACACCAGCAGCAGGAUUCGCUGCAGCAGCAGCAGGCAGCACUGCAACGUGCUGUUUUCAGGCACAAGACGGGUGACGAUGACGAUGAGGAAGAUGAUGGCCAACAACAGCUAGAGGAGGGUGAUAGCAAUGGGGGAGUAACAGCGUCGGCAUCGGGAAGUGCAGCCGUGGCAGUGUCAGCUUCUGCCCAGGCCGCACUGAAGAUUCGCAUACCGGAGGUGGCCUGCACCAUUUGCGGGGCCCGAUUCACCGAUCAGGAGCAUUUUAGCAAGCACAUCCAGAAGCAUGAACAGGAGCUGUAUGUGGACGAUCCGCUGGCGGCAAUGUUUGACGAUGGGCCGGCGGAUGCCGGUCAGUUCCAGGUUGAGCGGCAGAACGAGAACGGGGAAUAUGCGUGCGAUUUGUGCGCCAAGACGUUCCCCCAGGUGAUUGCGCUCAAGGUGCAUCGCAAGUGGCAUUUCAGAGGUGAUAGCAAGCAGAACCCCAUCGACGUCGAAGCGACACAGUUGACCAACAACAAUCACACUACCAGCAACAACAACAACAACAGCAGCUCGAUGUCACACCUCCGCGAGCUGCAUGCGGUGGGCCUGAUGCCCAACCAGCAGCAGCAACAGCAGGGCCACAACAGCAACUCAAGCAACAGCAACAACAAUAUGAAUCACAGCGGCGGCAGCAGCAGCAGCAAGUCGAUGAAGCGGAAGCGUGAGCUGAAAUGCGAGUACUGCGCCUCCACCUUCAUCAGCAACAACAAUCUGCGCCGCCAUAUGUAUGAGCUGCACAAGCACGAGGUAAGCAAUCUUCCGGAGCCGCCGGUCAUCUUGGUGGACGAUCAUCUCCAGUGCCGUCGCUGUCAGCUCAGUUUCGAGACAAAGGAGCUGUGGAUCGAACACAAGCUGGCGGAUGCGAAGGUGGUGCGUCCGUUCUGUCCCUUCCAGUGGGGUUGCGACCUGUGCGGCGAGUAUCUGUCGCGGAAGGAGAAGCUGAUGAAUCACAUUAACAACCAUCUCAAGGAGGAUGUCAUUGUGCCGGUGGCCACAAAGGCGGCCAUUGAUCGGGAAGCGACGGCAAUGGCAGCGACAUCAGCAGCUGGGAAUGCGGCGGAAUUAACAGCAGAUGAUGGAGAUCAAGAUCGGGAGAACGAAGCUCGGGACAACAACGAUAAGGCGGUAGUGGGAGGAGCACAAAAAGAAGAGGAAAGUGAUGACCUGGACGAGGAUGAUAGCUCAGGCGAGGAGGAGGAAAGUUCAGGCACGGGAGACGAUGAGGAUGAUGACUCUGAUGAUGAUGAGGAUGAUGACGACGGCGAUGGAGGUGAAGGUGAAGAUGAAGAAGGUGUGCAGCCUGGUCAUCUCUUGCCCCAACAACAGCAGCAGCUCCAGCAGCAGCUCCAGCAGAAGCACCAGCAGCCGCAGCUCAAUCAGGACGACGAUGAUCUUGUCGAGGAGGUUAUUAGCUCAGGAGACGAAGAUGAUGGCGAGGUGGAGAGCGACGAUGAUGACGAUGACGAUGUCGAGGAGGAUGAUGAUGAGGAUGUCGACGAUGAGGAUGACGAUGUGGAGGAACCGGAACCAGUGGCAGUGACCCUACCGCCAUCGCAACCCCUGAUGAAUGGCAAUAGCAAGGCCAAGUCAAAAAUGCCGCCACUGAUUAUGGCCAGUUCCGACGAGGAGGAGGAUGAUGGUGUUAUGCCCAUCGAUGAUAUUAUCGAAGAGGAAUUCGACGAAGAUGACGCCAUGCCAGAUCCAGAUGCCGAUCCGGAUGUGGAUGAUCCCAUCGAGGAGGUGGAUGAUGAUGAUUUGGAUGAGGGGGAUGAUGUGGAGAUGGAGGAGGAGGUGGUGUCGGCAGCCUCCUCAUCGGAGAGCGAGUCCACAUCAACGACCACGUCCAAUUCGCACUCGCAUUCACAUUCCACGGGUGAGCGGCGUAAGAAGAGGGCUGACGAUCAGUUGAAUGAUCCCAGCUUUACCUGUGAUCUAUGUCAACUUUGUUUUGAUUCCCAGGAGCUACUCCAGAGCCACAUCAAAAGCCAUUUCCUCAAUGGACCAAAGCUUACAGUGGCAGCAGCAGCAACAAUGCCAGUCGCCGCCGCACCAGCAGCAGCAACAACAGCAGCCGGCAGCGCGGCGGCAUCGUCAAAAUCGUCACUAACAACGGCGACGGCGCCAGCAAAGACGAAGCCUGACUCCAAGUCAGCGCUGCCUGCCAACAACAACAAUAAGAGCAGCAAGACUGUUGCAGCUGCAGCUGCCACUAACUGAGUCACCUCCAGCCACCAUCACCAUUCACUCGAAACUCUCAUCUCAAAACUCCAAUCACUUGAAAUGUACAAAGCCAGUCAGACCACUGUUCACUCAAAAGGCACCGCCAUCAUCCUCAUCUCAUCAUCUGAACCUUAAGUAGAGCCUAAGAGCAGCAGCAGCGAGAUGAACAGCAAACGCAUUCCAUCAGAAAUUUGGCCACGAUAUAUAUGUAUAGCACGUGUGGCGCGGGUUGUGUGUGUGGCGUGUGUCCUACCUACAAUACUUUUUAGCUUGCUUCUAGUCUUAAGAACUUAACACACACACACACACACACCGAUACAGAUAUAUAUGU